CACUGUCUAUGGUUCCGCACUGUAAACGUUUCAGAGGGAUGGAUAAAAUCAUAACCUGUUUCAACAAGUGCCCAGAUGCUUCUGUCCGUCUCAUCUGUUUUCCCUGGGCAGGUGGAGGCUCGAUCCACUAUGCUCGCUGGGCCAAAGCUCUCAACAGCUCUAUUGAAGUAUACUCAGUUAGACUGCCAGGAAGAGAAGGGAGAACCAAAGAACCAUUUUUCCAAAAUAUGCAGGAAAUCAUUGAUGAAGUCAUAGGUGUGAUACUUCCACAACUCAAAGAAAAGCCAUUUGCACUCUUCGGACAUAGUUUUGGAGCUAUGACCUGCUUUGCCUUUGCCGAGCAUGUAAAGAAAGUCUGCAAUCUUGAGCCGAUUCACAUGUUUCUCUCUGGAGCUUCUGCACCAUAUUCUGUGACAAGACUGCAGGCGCCAAAAAGAAGUGAUUUGUCAGAUCAAGAGUUUCUUAUAUGGGUAACUUCUAUCGGAGGCACACCACCAGAGAUACUGGCCAAUGCUGAGCUUGCCAAACUCUUCUUGCCUGCGCUGAAAGCAGACAUCGGUGUAAUGGACAACUAUAGGUGCAGCAGACCAUCAACACCUUUCCUAUCAUGUCCAGUGUCAUGCUUUGACGGAAAAGAAGAUGUACCCCAUGACUUACAAGCUUGGAAGAACAUGACGAGUGGGGACUUCACUGUGCAGAUGCUUCCUGGAUCUCACUUUUACUUGAAAGAAGCAGCAAAUGAAAAAUAUAUUCUGGACCACAUCACAAAACAUCUUGAGACAGCAGAGAUGGACUAUCUAUGAAAACUCUCUUUCAUUAAUCUGACUGCAACCAUGAUAAAUCUAUGCCAUAACUA